AUGACGCCGUAUACUUCCCUGGCUGAUACUCCCCCUAUGAUGACGCCGUAUACUUCCCUGGCUGAUACUUCCCCCUAUGAAGCCUUAAACCAGAGCCGUACAGACCUGAGCCAAUCCCUGUUUAGCAAGCUUCCUGACAUCCUAGUGAAGGCAUCAACAGACAACCGGGACUGCUUCCUGAACAGUUUGGCCCUCUUGCCAAGGGACAGGCUCCUACUGACUGACUUCAACCUUAACUCAGUAAUGCUUGUGGACACCACUACCAACAAGAUGGUGUCCCAGGUGAAACUUCCAGGUUGUCCGUGGGACCUGUGUCUCCUGCCCGGGGACAGGGCAGCUGUAACUCUGCCUAAGGAGAAAAAGAUACAGUUCGUAUCUACUCAGGGAAAUGUCACACUACAGGAAGUUGUUAAUGUAGAUGGAGAAUGUCAUGGAAUAGAUUUCUGUGAUGACAACCUGAUAGUGUCCUCUACCAACCCAGCCAAGGUUGUGUUCAUUGACAUGAAGGGAAAGGUGAAGAAGAGUGCGGACAAAGACAGCAGUGGAAAACCUUUGUUUCUGUAUCCUGAGUAUCUGACAGUGACCAGAGAGAGCCAGACUCCUCCAGUCAUAUAUGUCACAGACUGGGGCACCAGCACCAUAACCAAGCUGAGCAUCACACUAGAGGUGCUCCAGACCUACAAAGACCCGAUACUGAUGAGAUUACCACAUGGUCUAACACCCGUGGGGGACAACCAGCUGCUCGUGUGUGGGGGUAGCACUGACAACAUCCUGUUACUGGACAAUUCACAGGCGAGAUGA